UCAAACUUUCAGUAUUGUGUACGAGAUCUGAUUGUAGAGUGUUACACUGGAAUUAAAUGUUGAAUUACAUUAAUUAAUGAAAAUGUUCUUUUAAACGACACAUUUUACUAAACAUCGCUUGGAGUAAUUAUUUCAAUAAAAUUUUUGUAGAUUAACAAAUAGACCUGAGAGAGUAUGUACGGGCAUGGAUCUAGCGUCAUGUACGUGACAUUAAUGUUGCUGUGGGUCACUGGCAGUGGUGCUGUGGCACUAUAUAAUGUAAGUGAAGAGCCUAUUUAUUCAUCGAUGGUCAACAAAAAUGGUGAAACAGUGUAUAUAUCCUACGAACUGAUGAGCAAGUUAAGUUUGGAGCAGGAGACUUGGCAUUUAAAGCCAUGGUUAAGGACAAGGAUUGAGGUAUUGGAUGGAGUUGUGAGGGAAGUUUCAUGUAUCGACGCGACUUCCAGUGAGAAUUUUCCGGAUGGAAUAUUUAAUGAGGACCAGCUACGAAAGGGGGCGUUUUUAUUAUAUGCAUUAUUUGGAAUUUAUACAUUCACAUUAUUAGCAAUUGUGUGCAAUGACUACUUCAUUCCGAGCGUAGAGUUCAUAUGUGAAGAUUUGAAAAUACCACAGAAUGUGGCAGCGGCUACUUUCAUGUCUGUGGCCACUUCGUUCCCAGAGUUUUUUGUUAACGUGAUAUCAACAUUCAUUACUGAAUCUGAUAUGGGAAUAGGGACUAUCAUUGGAUCUGCUAUAUUUAACGCACUCGGUGUAGGCGCUAUUGGUGGAUUAGCUGCAGUACAAUCAAUUACAAUAGAACCUGGACCGGUAACUAGAGAUGUUAUUAUCUAUAUGGUUAAUGUCGGUGUCCUGGUAGCUUUCGUGUGGGAUGGACAAAUAGAUUGGUAUGAAGCAGUGGUAUUGGGCAUCCUCUACGUAAUUUACUUUGUGAUAAUGUUUAAUAGCCUAAGAAUGUUUGCUCUUUUUGGCAGACUUUUUGGAAAUUGUACCAAAGGUGCUACCUCAAGCGACAUUAUUAAUGAUGGCGGCAAACCUGUAGAGGAAGGAAUUGAUAAUAAGGCUUGCAAUGAAGCUAGUAAAACAGUUGAUGUGUCUUCUAUUGACAAAGUGUUAGUUGUUGAAAAUGUAGAUGAAACUGAAUUGAAACCACCAAAAAGUAUAUGGCGAUUCCCUAAAGAAAAAACGUUAUUUAAAAAAAUAUGGUGGAUUUACACUUGGCCACUGAAGUUAAUUCUUGGAGUAACAAUUCCGUCUCCGAUAAAAUACAGGAAAUUAUAUCCAUUGGCUUUUAUCAUGUGCAUAGUAUGGAUUGGAGUAAAUUCAUAUUUCGUUACUUGGAGCAUGACUGUUAUAGGUGAAACCUUCUUUAUACCUGAGUCAGUGAUGGGAAUGACAUUCUUGGCAUUCGGUGGCUGUUUGCCUGAGGCUUGUUCUAUUUUCAUCAUGUCUCGACGAGGCGAAGGUGGCAUUGGAGUAUCAAAUGCUUUGGGCGCAAACUCGUUGGCGAUAUUGUUCGCAUUAGGGCUUCCAUGGCUGAUCAAAACUUUAGUUAACAUCGCCCGAGGUGCUGAUGAGACAGCUAUACUAAUCAAUUCGGCUGGAAUUGACUUCAUUGUGGGGUCAUUGUUGGUGGCUGUCGUAUGUUUAUGGAUCACUUUGUUCUUUGGGAAGUUUAAAUUAAGAAAAUCUAUUGGAUUCGCGUUAUCGGUACUCUACAUUAUAUUUAUCACUUUUGCGAUUCUUGUCGAGAUGGGUGUAAUUUUGGAUAGAGGAUUCGAAGCUUGUUGACCCAAGGUAUUUAUUUUGUAUUAGUGCAUCGCUGAACUCAAAUCUCUAUGAUGAGUAAUAUGAUUUACAAGAUUACAUUGUAGAAACAAAUCAUUUCUCAAAUGUAAUUACAAGAAGUUUGGUCGCGACGUAAAACCAUGUCGAAUUUUAGAGACGUUGGUCAUUAAAAAUAGUACAGGUAGGUUGAAGAAAGAGAUAUUAUCUAUCUUCACGACACACGAAAUAUAUGAAUUAAAAUUUCUUUAAGUGACACAAAAUGUUAAAUAAACAGUAUCGAUUAAUAGAAACAGUAUGGAUCAGUAAAAUACAUAUAAGAAUAAUGUUAUUAAAAAGUCUCAUGUAGAUGUUGUUGACUUUAUGCAUUUUUACUAUUAUUAAUUCUUUAAUUUUUAUUAAACGUAUGUUUUCACUUAUCACAGCAAGACUUACAUACAGAAGUUAUAUAUAUAUUUGGGUACCUUGUCCCAUUCGCAUUUCUGCCAAUAAGCAGCCAUGUUUCAGUUGAAAGGGUGAGAUGGAUGAAUUUAUACGUUACGGAGGCAUAACCUUAGUCUUUAGGAAUGGUUACGUAUUAGCUAAACUAUGGGUAUCAUAAUGUAUUAUGUGGUAUAUCAGUUAUCAAAGAUGAGUGGUAAUAUUAUAAUGGAUAUCUCUGUGAUGUUUGUACAAUGUGACAUGAUCCUGAGGCCGUCAGCUUCCUAUUAAGUACAAGUUGUAUAAAAAAUCAACAGAAAUGUUUCAGAAAAAAGUAUGAAAUGUUUUUGUGUAUAACAAAAUGACAAUAAAGAGAGUGCCAAUAAUGUCUGUGAUGUUAGAAAAUAAAUUAGAUCUGAAAUGCGAUAGGCAUCGUAUACAUGAAACAUGCAUCAGCAUGUGUGAACAUAAUGUACUUAUUUGUAGGUUGCGUUAUAAUAUAUUCCGUACAGUUGCGUUAAAAAUAUUUUGUUACCUAUUAGUUUUAAUUUACAUAUUUUUGUACGUAAAUAAGUGAGUGAGCCAAGUUGAUGUAUGUGUAUAUUGAGUUACAUAGACAGGCUGGUAUAUAUACUCCUUUGGAAAAAAUGAGUACGUUAGCAGUAAGACCAAGGACGUUGAAAAUAGUUUAUAUUAAUAAUAUCAAUAGAGUUGUAAAUGGCGUAAAAAAUUGUAAAUAAACAUUAAAACCAAUCUAUAUAUAUUAUCUUUUAUAUAUACGUACUCUUGGACUAGUGAAAGAAAGUUAUGGAGUUAUAAAUAACCAAAGACUAGGUCCUAAGUAACUCCGUUACUAUUUUGCAAGGAUGUGGUUUGACCAAAAUUGUGUUAUAUCAACCCUUAUUUUUAGCUCUAAUUUAAAAAGAUUAAAGUUAUUCACUUUAAUGAAAUAAAUAAAAUAAUGAAAUAAUUAAUCACAUAUUAUUUUAUUGCGCAGAAUAUAUUUUUAAUUAAUAUUUAACAUAUCGCACCGCUCACAAUCGAUAGGGAAUUCAUCCUUACACGCUUAAACCUAAAUGGUGACGUACAAUGUGGUUUCAAAGAAAAUUUCUCCUGCGAACGCUUAGGCUAGGUAGAUAGAGUCAGGUAGAUAGAGCUCCCUGCUGAGGUUUCUCCUAGAGACUAUAGUAUAUAAGAGUUUCUUCAGAGACGGCAAAGCGCACGUGACACCCCUGGUUUUGCAGGCGUCCAUAGGCUACAGUAACCGUUUACCAUCAGACGGGCUGUAGGCUUGUUUACAACUCUCAUGAAAUAAAAAAAAAGUAAUUUCCCGUUUCUUGAUGAAUAUUGAACAAUUUAUAACUAAAUAAAUGAUAAAUGCAAAAAAGUCAAAGCCAAAGAAUAAAACACAGACUGUGUUUUAUUCUUUAAAACUGUUUGACAUAACGACAAAACUAUAUCUUGAGGCCUGGACUCUCAUAAGUUAUACUUACGUCUAUUUCUUUAAUGUAAAAUAAUUUCGUUUAUUUUUUACAUUUUCUACCAAACUUCGCAUAUAAAUUCACCUUUUUGCUUGUUUAUCUUAUUUGCCUUUUGUCGUUAUGUCACCAGAUGAUCUUCAUUAUACUUAACAUGAAACUGUAUUUAAAUUAAUUUCUUAAGGAUAUUAGGUAUAAGAAUAACACUUAAAAAAAUUUAAUAUAUUUAAACACCUAUUUUUAUAACAAUUUACUGAAAUAGGUUGUUUACCUAAAUAAUAUUACAUACUGUAGAACUCUACAUGAGGUACAUAUGAAAUAUAGAAACAAACUUAAGUUAUAGUUUGGACCCCAGACAUAUUAGCGUCAAUAUGAAUAGCAUCUGAUAUGAACAAAAUAAUACUAAUAAAUAAGCUUAUGAAUUCCUGUAUUCGAUUCGAAAGAUGAAACAGUAAAUUUGUAAUUAAGUACAGACAUUUUUCUAUAACACUUAACACCCAAACAACAAUGUAUAAUUAGAAACCUCAUUUCACUACAAAUACCUUAAUAAUAUAGGUGACGAAUAAUUUUCAUUAACAUUAUUAAAUCGAUUUUAACAUAAACUGUCUUACGUAGGUACCUAAAGGGCGUUUAUUUACAAUUCAGUUUGUCCCAUUUUAAUGACCUUACGAAUUGUGGUGUGGAAAGCUAGUACAACAUAUCUGGACAUCAAAGCAUUCGUCACAUUACAAGUUCGUUAAAAAUGUUUCAAAAGAAUAUAUUGUUACAUCUCCUCAAAAAUAUAUGUCGGUAACGAAUGUUCUUUAUGUAUUUUUCUUCAUACUUGUGUAAUCGGAAAUAAGAUGAAUAAAUUUCACAAUAAGAUAUGCUUUUAAA